ACAACGACGACGACGACGACGUUUCCAGUGUGGCUCAAGUUUCUGUGAACCCCACGAAGAGCUCCACGAGCAGAUAUUUUAGCACGGUUCCGUGAUGGGUGCUGCUGCUAUACGUGAAAUGUUGCGCUCCAGUCAGUCAGUGGUCGAGUGAAAAGAUUUGAGCGAAGUUCAAGAAGCGAGUUCUGGGGAAAAUCUGGUCGCUUUUUGGUCGAAAAAUCGGGUUUGGUCCAGUGUUAAUCUGCAAGUUCAUGUGCGUGACACCGUAAGGUGUAAAAAGUUUCUCGCUAAGAGGUUCGAGAUCCCCGGGGAAUCGCUUUGACAUGCAACCGUAGGCACUACGGAAAGAAGCAAGCGAAGAAGUGGCUGACCGAAAAAGGUUGUUCCGGUUGAUAAUCAGCAGCAGUGUUCGGAAGCUUUUCGAACCAGAUUCUCGGAAAGUUUUACGACAAACAAAAUGAAGAACGUGGGAUAAGUAGUGUUCCGAGAUUUGUUGAUGCUGUGGAAAUCAAUGAAAAAGCAACUGAAACCGUGUGGCUUAUGAAGCAAUUCACAGUGAUUUCUCGGGAAAAGAGGGAAGAACGACAAAGAAGUGAAUUGUGUUCCUGAAGUGUUAAUAAAUUUGACCUUCUUCAUGACAGCAAAAAGAAGUGUUUUGUUUCCUAGACAGAGUCACAUCCAAAGCAUUUACAUAUAUCGAAAGUGGAAAAAUAUCUCUAAAAUUGUUGAAGAAGCAAGUGAUAUAAAAAAGGUGUUUUCCAAUCUAGCUCUCAUGUUUGUCUAAGUGAAAGAAGAGUUGUUCGCUUAAAGCGAAUUCAGCAGGUUGAUACCUUACUGCGAGCGUCUGCCGUAUAGCUGAAUAAUAGUCAAAACGUGUAUCGGUUGGGGAAUGGUGAAAUAAAAAAAAUACCUGUGAGCUAGAAAAGGAAAUCUAAAUUUCGGCCUCAUAAUAGUGCAUACGUGAAAGAAGAAUUAAAAAUAUCAAAAAGGGAGGAAUCGACGUCCACGUUUCUGUUCCGUCGAAGGUGAACAAGGUCAUCAUCAUUUCGGUGGAUAGAGACAACGAGUCGAGACAACUAUCGCAGAACUUUUAUUGGGCAGUAGGUGAGCGAACCAAGCCAAGCUCAUUGACAGCUUAAGUCACUCAGUCUGGUACCUACCACCAGUUCCAGUCCCGGUCAGUAACACAAACACUUGCCCGAAGCUCUGGUGGGACGACAUUCUUGGCUCUACGGACAUCUCAUCUGUUUGCUGGCUGACUGGCUGUCGGCGACCUUCCCCCGAUGCACGUUGUUCGAUCGCUGUCCCAUCGAGAUGCUUCAAGUGAAAAUUGAAACCCGACAGCGGCGACGAAAAAACGAUUCGGGUCGUUACCUUUUCUAGUGUAGAGGGAGGAGUACUGCGGGACACUAAGAAAGGAGGAACGGAACAACUGCAAUUCAUGAAUCAUUGAACCAUCGGAGCUUGACUCCUUGUUGCUUCUGCCGGAUGUAAGAUUUACGAUUGGAAAGCUCCUCCGGUUUGAGUGUUUCCAAAGAAGAAGAUACCUAACAUAGUACCUACGUACAUAUAGAGAGAAUUUGUUGAGGUAUCCCGUGACAAACCGGAAAAAGCCAAAAUGGGUGAUAGCACUAUGGGAUCGGUGAGCUUCCUCCACUUGGGAGACAUCGUGUCGCUCUAUUCGGAGGGAAGCGUUUCUGGCUUUCUCAGCACAUUAGGCCUGGUCGACGAUCGAACGGUCGUAUGUCCGGGGGCCGGGGACCUGAACGAUCCCCCGGAAAAGUUCCGGGACUGUCUGAUCAAGAUCUGCCCGAUGAACCGCUACUCGGCCCAGAAGCAGUUCUGGAAGGCGGCCAAACAGAGCACCACCUCCAACACCGAUACCAAUCUGCUGAAGCGGUUGCAUCACGCAGCCGAGAUCGAAAAGAAGCAAAAUGAUUCCGAGAACAAGAAACUGCUCGGAACGGUCGUCCAGUAUGGCAGUGUGGUCCAGCUGCUGCAUCUCAAAUCCAACAAAUAUGUAACGGUCAAUAUUCGGUUGCCGGCUUUGUUGGAGAAGAACGCCAUGCGGGUGUAUCUGGAUGCGAACGGAAAUGAGGGUUCGUGGUUCUACAUUAUGCCAUUCUACAAGCUGCGCUCGGCCGGCGAUAAUGUGGUGGUGAAUGAUAAGGUCAUCCUGAAGCCGGUUAAUGCGAACAGACAAAAUCUGCACGUUGCCGCCAAUUAUGAGCUGCCGGAUAAUCCAGGCAGUAAGGAGGUGAAUGUUUUGAAUUCUUCGACCUCGUGGAAAAUUACUCUGUUUAUGGAACAUCGAGAGAAUCAGGAGGAUGUGUUGAAAGGUGGCGACGUAGUGCGUUUGUUUCAUGCGGAGCAGGAAAAGUUUUUGACCAUGGAUGAGUACAAAAAACAGCAGCACGUGUUUUUGCGAACUACGGGAAGGACAAGCGCAACGGCUGCCACCAGCAGUAAAGCGCUUUGGGAGAUUGAAGUCGUUCAGCAUGAUUCUUGCCGAGGAGGCGCUGGUCAUUGGAAUUCGCUAUUCCGGUUUAAGCAUUUAGCCACCGGAUACUAUUUGGCAGCCGAGAUGGAUGAUGACAUCUCCAGAACGGAGAAAUCAAGCAAUUCUAGUCAUCCUCAAGGCGAUUCUUUCCGCUUGGUUUCUGUGCCACACUCCACAGAUAUCGCUUCUGUAUUCGAGUUGGACUCAACGACAAUUACCAGACCCGAGGGUUUGGUUCCGCAGAAUAGCUACGUUCGUAUGAGACAUCUCUGUUCGAAUACAUGGGUGCAUGCAACGUCAGCUCCCAUUGAUAUCGAUGAAGAUAAGCCGGUCAUGUCCAAGGUAGGAUGUUCUGCAAUCAAGGAAGAUAAAGAAGCUUUCCAAUUGAUUCCGGUCUCGCCUGUUGAAGUUCGCGAUCUUGACUUUGCCAACGAUGCGUGCAAACUGUUACAAGCGAUGAGCACAAAGCUAGAGAACGGCUCAAUCUCUCCCAAUGAGCGAAGAUCUCUGAUCGCUCUCCUACAAGAUAUCGUAUUCUUCAUCGCUGGUCAAGAAAAUGAACAGAACAAGAGCGAUGCCUUAGAUCUAACCAUCAAUAACCCAAACAGAGAUCGUCAGAAACUGCUCAGAGAACAAUACAUUCUAAAGCAACUAUUCAAGAUCCUCCAAGGACCAUUCCAAGAAACGAAAAACAGCGACGGUCCCUUCCUCAAAAUAGACGAGCUUGGAGACCCCAAGAAUGCCCCCUACAAGAACAUCUUCCGUCUAUGCUACCGAAUCCUCAAACUAAGCCAACAAGACUACCGCAAAAAUCAAGAAUAUAUCGCCAAACAUUUCGGUCUCAUGCAGAAACAAAUCGGCUACGACAUCCUAGCGGAAGACACGAUAACAGCCCUGCUACACAACAAUCGCAAACUACUAGAGAAACACAUCACAGCAGCGGAAAUCGAAACCUUCGUCGGCUUAGUCCGCAAAAACAUGAACAACUGGCAGUCCCGGUUCCUGGAUUACCUUUCCGACCUUUGUGUCUCCAAUAAAAAAGCAAUCGCAGUAACCCAGGAGUUGAUCUGCAAAUCCGUACUGAGUGCCAAAAAUGCAGACAUCCUAAUAGAAACCUUCCUGCGGGAGGUCGAUGACGAUCAGUUGGGUUAUUUGACAGAUUUGGAGCGCGGAAACCAUCAGUUUACCGAAAUUCGAGAGGUGGAUGAGCAGCUCACGGAUGGUACCGUCGAGGGUGAUGGCGAGAAGAAGACAGCCGAUGGGACCCCGAAAAAGCUGGACGAGAGAAAGCGCUACGAGGUGGCGCUAAUGUGGCAGAAUCGAACGCAAUCGAAAUCCAUGAGCCGACUAGCUCAGGGGCUGAAAAUCGGCCGAACCCAUGACAUCGCCAUACUGGAUUACUAUCGACAUCAGCUCAAUCUGUUUUCGAACAUGUGCCUGAAUCGGCAAUAUCUAGCUCUCAACAACCUGUCGCCCCAUCUGGACAUCAACCUCAUCCUCCGGUGCAUGUCCGAUAAAACCGUACCGUAUGAUUUGCGGGCGUCAUUCUGUCGAUUGAUGUUGCACCUGCACGUCGAUCGGGACCCCCAGGAACCAGUAACGCCGGUCAAGUACGCCAGGCUGUGGUCCGAGAUUCCGUCGGAGAUGUCGAUUAACGACUACGACAUCGAGAAACAACCGGACAGCAACAAGGAAGCGGUCAGAGCAAGGUUUAACAAAACGAUCGCCUUUGUAGAGGACUAUCUGUGCAAUCAUGUGGUGUCGAAGAUGUGGUUCGCCGAUCAGGACCAAAACAAACUUACCUUUGAGGUGGUUAAGCUGGCCCGGGAUCUGAUCUACUUUGGCUUCUAUAGCUUUAGCGAUCUGUUGCGGCUGACCAAAACUCUGCUCAACAUUUUGGACUGCGUGAGCGAAAGUGAUGGCGCUUUGCCAACCGGCCAUAUUGACUCAGCUGCCGAGGGAGAAGAUGGAUCACCCUCCUCGUCGUCGUCCUCCCCAUCUGGGCGGAAGGAAAGUGUGUCCUCGUCCGGGGAACCAAUUAGCAAAAAGUUGAACCGAUCCGCCUCGACCGUGGCCGUUUUGGCAGCGGUCGAGGCCAGCAAGGCCAAGGAUCGUUCCGACAGUCUAGCGGAGGCGGCCAGCGAAAGUCGCCGAAUGAUUCUGCACUCUUUGACGAAGAGAUUCCGCACUCCGACAUCCGAAGCCGAAGGUGGAGUGCUGCGAAGUAUUGGAGACAUGGGUGCCGUCAUGACAUCCCUAACACUGGGACCCAUUUCAACGGCCAUCGUCUCGCCAAACAUUCAGCAUCGAAAAUCUGUAUCGCAGUACAUGAAGGAAUACCCUCUAGUUAUGGAUACGAAGCUUAAGAUCAUAGAAAUUCUGCAGUUUAUUCUGGAUGUACGCUUGGAUUACCGAAUCAGUUGUUUGCUCUCGAUUUUCAAGAGGGAAUUCGAUGAAAAUGAAAAUACAACCAACAAUCAACAGACUCCAGCUCCUACAACUCCAAGCUCUACAACUCCAACGAUUGUGGCUGCUACGGAAGUUUCCGUUUCCGAUUCAACAUCAGAAACAACAUCUCUCAUCUCCACAUCGACUGUGGAAACCCUAGUAGAUACAAGCAUUUCAGAAACGACCCAACCCACAGAACCGCCUAAAGAACCUAAAACACCGGAGCCUAAAGUUGAACCUAAACUGGGUCCAGCCACUACGGAGAACAUAAAUCUACGCCAAAAAAACAUUGAUUUGGAAUCAAUUGGUCACCAGGCCGAGAAUAUUUUCGGUUGUAACGAGGAUACCUACAACCCCCUAGAUCUAGACGGGCAAGGAGGCCGCACUUUCCUUCGAGUUCUCCUCCAUCUAAUUAUGCACGAAUAUCCUGCCUUAGUAUCUGGAGCUCUACAUUUACUAUUUCGACACUUCAGUCAACGCCAGGAAGUGCUGCAUGCAUUCCGCCAGGUUCAGCUUCUGGUUUCGGACAGUGACGUUGAGUCGUACAAACAAAUUAAAUCUGAUUUGGAUGUCCUUAGACAGAGCGUUGAAAAAUCCGAACUGUGGGUUUACAAGUCCAAACAAUCGGAUGAGCUACAAGCCCCGGGGGAGAGUGGAGGAGACGGUGCAGGGGAUGGGGGAACUAAAGGCGAUAAGAAUGAUAGUUCGGCGUCGGGAUCUGCCAGCAAGCCGGAGCUGAUCAAACAGGAGUCUCAGCUGAACUUCGAUCAAGGGCCGGAACUGAAUCCGGAGCAAGCGCAGGAGUACAAGAAAAUUCAACAGAUUUUGAUCCGAAUGAAUAAGCUGUGCAUCACGCAAGGACCCGGGGAUGUCAUCAAACCGCGCAAACAUGAGCAGCGAUUGUUGCGGAAUGUAGGCGUACACACGGUCGUGCUGGAUCUGCUUCAAAUUCCGUACGACGAGAAGGACGAUUACCGCAUGAACGAGUUGAUGCGGCUGGCUCAUGAGUUCCUACAAAACUUCUGCCUCGGUAACCAGCAGAAUCAAAUCUUGCUCCACAAACAGCUGGAUUUGUUCCUGAAUCCUGGGAUCCUCGAAGCAGAAACGGUGUGCGCCAUCUUCAAGGACAACUUGAAUUUGUGCAAUGAAGUGAGCGAUAAAGUCGUGCAACACUUCGUUCACUGCAUCGAAAUUCACGGUCGGCACGUAGAAUAUCUCAAGUUCCUACAGACGAUCAUCAAGGCUGAAAAUCAGUUCAUUCGCAAAUGCCAGGACAUGGUGAUGCAGGAGCUGGUCAACGCCGGUGAAGAUGUGCUGGUUUUCUACAAUGACAAGACCUCUUUUAACUAUUUUGUGGAGCUGAUGCGUACUCACAGCAAUGGAGAGCUAAACGAUCCAAGUCCGCUGAUGUAUCAUAUUGAGUUGGUAAAAUUGUUGGCAUGUUGUACUAUGGGCAAAAAUGUGUACACCGAAAUCAAGUGUAACAGUUUGCUGGCUCUGGAUGACAUCGUGGCCAUGAUUUCCCACCAGGAUUGCAUUCCGGAAGUGAAGGUUGCUUACGUGGAUUUCCUGUGUCACUGUUAUAUCGACACCGAGGUUGAGGUGAAGGAAAUUUACUCCUCCAACCAUAUGUGGUGUUUGUUUGAAAAAUCGUUCCUCAUCGACAUCAACAAUGUUGUCAAGGGCGGAAGCUUCACAAAUCGGCAGUUGGAAAACUACGUGUGUAAUGAAAUAAUGAACAUCCUUACGACGUUUUUCAACAGUCAGUUUUCGGACCAGAGUACGGCACUGCAGCAGAACCAGUUACAAAAAGCGCCUUCAAUCACCAAUGAAAUGAUAGAUAGGUUAUUGGCUGGACGACGAUAUCAGAUGAAGCGUUUGCUUCGACAGAGCAGUAUAGAUGAAGUGAAAGUGCCAAAGCUUAAAAAACUCUACCUUUCUCAGAAACGCCAGCUGAUCUUCGUCAAAAUCCUGCAGUCUUCGUUUAAGUUGACCCAGUGCAAAUGGCUCUCGCCGUCGCAGCGCUUCAACGUUGAGAACUGUAUCCGAACCCUAUCGGAGAAGGCCAAACCACGUGGCAUUGCCAUUCCGAUCGAUCUGGAGAACCAGGUGGUGAAGAUGUUCAACAAAACUGCGCUGCUUUCGCGACAGACGAGCAAAUGGCUAUUGGUCACAAAGCAGACCAAAAUGGAACGGUCCCAGUCACAAAUUAUGCGACUGGAUAGGAGUAUCAUUGAAGGGUUGCAGGAUAUCGUUUCAUUGUUGGAGGACAAGUUGAAGCCGUUGGUUGAGGCUGAGCAGUCGCUGUUGGUUGAUAUUCUUUAUAGGUCGGAGUUGCUGUUUCCACCGAAUACGGAAUCGAGGAAGAAAUGUGAAACCGGUGAUUUCAUAAGGCAUUUGAUAAAGCACACCGAGAAGUUGUUGGAGGAAAAAGAGGAGAAGCUGUGCGUGAAGAUAUUGAAAACGCUAAAGGAGAUGAUGACGAUCGAUUGUGAUUACGGGGAUAAGGGUGAUCAUCUGAGGGUGAUUCUGUUGAAACGAUACUUUGGGCAUGAGUUUGUGCAGCCUUCGCUUCCGCUGGGUUCGGUGGCAGGAGAUUUGACGAAGGUGGCGACAGGAUUGCAUGUGGUCCAGCAACCGGGAGCAGGAUUGUCGCUGGCGGCAACCGUUUCGCAUGGACCGGGUUCGAAGUAUUUACAGCGAGCCGGCAAGACGUUGCAUGAGGUUCAGAACGAUUUGGAUAAAGAGGGGGCCAGCGAUCUGGUUAUUGAGUUGGUGAUAAAGUCAAUUAAUUCUCCUUCGAUAUUUGUGGAGGCGAUCGAGUUGGGAAUUGCCCUGUUGGAAGGAGGAAAUCCAAUAAUUCAAAAGGGUAUGUACAGUAAAUUUCAGAGCAAUGAUCUUAGUCAAUCGUUCUUCAAAGUGUUUUUCGAUAAGAUGAAAGAUGCGCAACAGGAGAUUAAAUCCACUGUUACGGUGAAUACUUCGGACAUGGCUGCGAAUAAAGCUAAUGAGAGCAAGUACGAUGGGAAAGAUUAUGAUAAGAUUCAGAGGAAGAAUGUAAACAAAGUCAAUGGAAUUGUGAUAACGGAUGAGUUCAAGGAGGAACUGCAAACAGCAGCUUUGAUGACCCAGCAAUCGUACAUUAAUGCGAGAAACUUGGCAGCAACUUCUGAUGGGACGAACUCGGAGAAUGGUGACGAUAGCGCUUUGAUGAGUAUAGGCUCUUCGGCUUUGGAGGACAUUCUCGCCGAAAAGCUAGAGAAGCAUAAAGAUAAGGAUGAGAAUAACAAACUAUCGAACAAAGUCCUAGUCAUGCAACCGAUUUUACGUUUUCUACAGUUACUCUGCGAGAAUCAUAACCCUGAAAUGCAGAACUUAUUACGCAAUCAAAAUAACAAAACUAACUACAAUCUCGUGUCAGAGACACUCAUGUUCCUAGACUGCAUUUGUGGGUCAACGACCGGAGGGCUUGGCCUUUUGGGUCUUUACAUCAACGAAAAUAAUGUUGCCCUUAUUAACCAAACGCUGGAAACACUGACCGAAUACUGUCAGGGUCCAUGCCAUGAAAACCAGAACUGUAUCGCAACCCACGAGUCUAACGGAUUGGAUAUAAUCACAGCACUGAUCCUCAACGACAUCAACCCUCUCGGUAAAAACCGAAUGGACCUGGUCUUGGAAUUGAAGAACAACGCUUCUAAGUUGCUUUUGGCGAUUAUGGAAUCACGAGGAGAUUCGGAAAACGCUGAACGUAUCCUAGCCAAUAUGAACCCAAAACAGUUGGUUGACGUAGCCUGUCGUGCCUACCAUCAGGAUGAAAACAUUCUACUGCUGCUCAAUCAAGGGGAUACCAAUUCAGAUGAUAGUUACAGCGUAAAACAUGAUAUGGGUGACGAUCAGAAUGAUGACGACGAUAUGGGAGUUUCCCCGAAAGAAGUCGGUCAUAACAUCUACAUUUUGUGCCAUCAGUUGGCACAGCACAACAAAGAACUAUCCAAUCUGUUGAAGAUUGACAACUACAGUAGUUCAACAACCACAAAUCCCACCCCUACCACUGGCAUAGGAGUAACGACCCCAAUAGCAGCCACUCCAACUGCAACUAAAGCUGCCAACACAAAAAUGAAUCAAGCAUUGCUCUACUACCAAACCCACACCGCUCAAAUCGAAAUCGUCCGGCACGAUCGCACUCUGGAACAGAUCGUCUUUCCCAUUCCGGAAAUCUGCGAGUACCUUACCAAGGACACCAAGGUCCGGGUGUACAACACCGCGGAACGGGACGAUCAAGGCAGUAAAGUGUCGGACUUUUUUGACCGUCACGAUGUGAUGUUCAACGAAAUGAAGUGGCAGAAGAAACUACGUGGUCAGCCAGCCCUCUUCUGGGUCAGCAGCUAUAUGUCCCUGUGGAGUACAAUCCUCUUCAACCUGGCAGUACUCAUCAACCUGAUUGUGGCCUUUUUCUAUCCGUUCGAAAAUGGAGUGCCUGAAUUAAGUUUUCAUCUGUCGUCGCUGAUUUGGAUUGUGAUGUUAGUCUCUUUAGUGAUCGUCAUAACUGUACCGCGGCAGUCUGGCAUCCGUACCCUAAUAGUUGCAUUGAUCCUAAGGCUUAUAUUUUCCUGUGGUCCGGAACCGACUAUUUGGCUACUCGGAUGUACGACGGUCAUCAUGAAGGGCAUACACAUCAUUAGUUUGAUGGGCAAUUAUGGGACGCUGGAGAAGCACCUGUUCUCGAUCAUAACGGACUUGGAGCUGCUGUAUCACUUUGGGUAUCUGUCGUUCUGCGUUUUCGGGGUGCUUCUGCAUCCGUUCUUUUUCUCCAUUUUGCUCUUCGACGUGGUCUACCGCGAGGAAACCCUGCUGAAUGUGAUUCGAUCGGUGACCAGAAACGGUCGCUCGAUUAUUUUGACAGCCGUACUCGCGUUGAUUUUGGUGUACAUGUUCUCCAUCAUUGGGUACAUGUUCUUCCGGGACGAUUUCCUGGUUCCGGUGGACGAAGAAUAUGUCGCUCCUGGCACCGAGCUGCCGAGCUCCUGCACCGAACCGGAUCACAGCCAGAUGCUCCCGGAAGGUUCCCGGACAGGUGAAGGUCAACAGCAAGAGCAACAGCAGUUCUGCGUCAGCCGACCGGCGGAAGAGAAGCAAGGAUGUGAUAACGAUGGCGAUGAGAUGAAGGAACGAGGCUGUGAUUCGAUGAUCAUGUGUAUCAUCACCACCAUGAAUCAAGGUUUGCGGAAUGGUGGUGGCAUUGGGGACAUCCUGAGGGCACCCAGCCGCAAGGAAACGCUGUUUGUUCCCCGGGUGGUGUACGAUCUGCUGUUCUUCUUCAUCGUCAUCAUUAUUGUACUGAACCUGAUUUUCGGUGUCAUCAUCGACACCUUUGCCGAUCUGAGAAGCGAAAAGCAGCAGAAGGAGCUGAUCCUUAAAAAUAAUUGCUUCAUUUGCGGACUGAACCGGUCGGCUUUCGACAAUAAAACGGUCAGCUUUGAGGAACACGUCAAAAAUGAGCACAACAUGUGGCACUAUCUGUACUUCAUCGUGCUGGUCAAGGUGAAGGAUCCCACGGAAUUCACCGGACCGGAGAGUUAUGUGCAUGCAAUGGUGAAGGCAAACAUUCAGGAUUGGUUCCCCAGGUUGAGGGCCAUGUCGCUGGCUGCGGUUGAUGGAGAUGGCGAACAGAUUGAGCUACGCAGUUUGAAGAAUCUUCUUGAAUCCAACCAUAUAGCAGUGCGAGAGUUGACCACACAAAUUAUGGAGCUGGAGAAUAAGAUGACGGAACAACGCAAACAACGUCAGCGGCAUGCCCUUCUGAACCCAACUACAUCCACGUCGUACCAAUUCUAUCCACAGCUCUGAUGUUCAACCUCCGAACUGCUUCAACAGGAGAAGAAAUAGAGGGCAAGAAACGGCAAAAAUCAAAACUGGAAACUUAACUCAAUCAGUCCAUCCUUUUUGUGGAACUAAAUGGAACUCAGUGGCAAUAUUUUAUGUUGUUUUCAACCCCCUUCAAAAGCCCAAUUUAAUGAUAUACGUUUUCUAGAAUAAGAGUAAAAUUUGUGAAUCAAAUUGAAGAUGCGUAAUCCUAGGGAUAUGCAUGCAUGUUAGUAAAUUAAUUUGGCAAUUGUGAUCGAAAUUUUAUCAACUUUCGUACAUUUGAAGUAAAUAGAAAUAGGAAGCACUGUUGCAUAAUUUGUUACGAGAAAAGUUUAAGAAUCAAACAAAUGUAGCUCAAAUCUAGAUAAUCUUCAAUGUCAAAAGUAUAUGUAUUCAACCGAAAAAGCAACAAUGAACAAUGAAAUAACCACAGUGACAAAAGAAUCUCAAUCAAACUUAAAAAAUAACUACAUACAAAAAACUUCGGAUUCUGCACUAGAACGUUUAAAUCUUAUCUAGUUUGUUAAUAUAUAUAUAAAUCAACAUUUCUGAGGUAUAAAUAACAAUCUAGAAUUUGGAAUGUUACUACAAUAUACUAAUAAUCAAAAACCAACGAUUCAAUACCCCAUUAGACUGUAUUUUACCAACGAAGUUUUUUCGCCAAACUAACAAUAGCAAAACCAGUCUCAAAUCUAUGUUUACCUAUUGUAAAAGUUUAUGUUCAUGUGUCAAACGUUUAUCGUUCUUUUUCUCCACAUGACUCAAAAAUAAUAUAAACAACAAAUUGUGAAUGACAAUACCUAAACUACUUACAAUCUAACCCAACAAUCGUAAACUUGUAGACUUAUUUCAUGUUUUAACAUUCCUAAAGAACGCUGUAUCUCUUAUUGAAACCUACUUAAUUUGUAUAAAAUCUCUAUCGAAAUUUCCAACACUUUACUGCUUUUGUGAUACUUUUGAAGCUCUUAAACAUCUAGCAACUUUAUCAAGUUUAGGUUUUCAGCACAAAUUUCUGUUUGAUUUGAUAGUCUAGUUAUAUCGAUCAGUUGUAAAACAUCUGUUUAGUAUUUAUCGAAAUUAUAGCCUUGGAUAAAUUGUGUAGAUUUUGUUCGUCGUUUAUUAGUCUUAAAAAAGGUUAAAUUUUAAAUCAUUUCAUACAAUUUCCGAUGAAACAUCUGUGGCCAGUUGUUAUCAAAACUCUUCUAUGCCUCUGAAACAUCCUCUUGAAAAAAGAAGAGUAAGGUCGAUGGCAAUACACAUCAAAAUAAAGGGCCUCACAACUGCACUGAGAUAAUUGCACUUUCAGUAAAUAAAAGCAAAACCGUGAUGAAACUAUUAUAAAAUGAAA